AUGCUCGUCCUCCUGCUCCUCUGCGCGGCCCUGGCGUGCGGCGCCGAGCAGGCGGCCCCGCUGGCCUUCACCAUGCUGCAGGUGACGCGCGUGUCCAAUGGGCGCUCCAGCUUCUGGGGCAAUGCGACGCUGGGCGGGCGCCCGAGCCACCGCCUCGAGGGACACAGCCUCAGCCAGCUGCUGCCCCUGGAGCCACCGGCCACCUGGGCACGCAGGAAGGAGGAUGUGGCCACCUACCUGGACUACUUUGCCAACAUGGUCAAGCUCAUCCAUAUGGAGAGGAACAUUGAAUACACACAGAUCCUGCGCUGCCGACUUGGCUGCCACCUCUUCCCCAACGGCACGGCCCGCAGCUUCUACGACAUGACCCUCAACAGCACGGCCUUCCUCACCUUCCACGUGCCCACGGCCACCUGGGAGUGCCGCUGGCCUCGCCAGGACGCCGUGGCCACCUUCACCCACCAGCAGCUCAUGAAGUACCCCGAGACCACGCGGGACCUCCAGCACUUCCUCAACACCACGUGCGUGGACGUCCUGAGGGCUCAGAGUGCCGAGACAGAGAAGCAGAGCGGCCGGUCACAUACACCGCUGGUGGUGGGUCUGACCUUCGGGGCCUUGGCCCUGGUGGCCAUGGCCGCAGGCAUCUUCCUGUGCACCGGUGGGAGCUGCUAG